AACUCCCAACCCCGUCCUCUCUCUCUCUCUCUCUCUCUCUCUCUCUCUCUCUCUCUCUCUCUCUCUCUAAAUCCUGAUAGUCCAAAAAUGACCUCCAAAGAGAUCGAAAAAUACCGAGAGACAGCUGAAAUCUACCAUGGAGAUGACCUCUGCAAGCAAAAAUCGAUGGAAUUGAUGGAAGAGCUGUCCCUACCAAAGGGAAUUUUGCCCAUGGACAGCAACAUCCUCGAAGUCGGCUACAACCGCUCCGCCAGCUUCGUCUGGCAGAUCCGGAAGAAGAAAUACCAGCAUUUCUUCCAAAAGAUAGGACGGAAGACCUCGUACGGCACCGAAGUCACAGCAUUUGUCGAGAAGCAUCGGAUGAAGAAGCUUACAGGCGUCAAGACCAAGGAGCUCCUGUUCUGGGUCCCAAUCUCCGAGAUCUCCAUAGACGAUCCCGCCUCUCAGAACAUCACGUUCAAGGCGACAGUUGGGCUGAGUCAGACAUUCCCAGUGUCGGCCUUUGAGAUCGAGGAAGAAGAGCAGGAGCUGGAGGAGGAGGAGGAGAAGGAAGAGGAGAAGGAAGAAGGGAAGUGAGGGUGGCAAUUUCGUUAAUUUAGGCCAA